AUGUCACAAUACAUACCCACUCUUGAUUACUAUGGCAAUGGUCUCCCUCUUGUUUGCACAAUGUAUGCUUCAUCGGAAUGUUAUUUCGGUGUCAACCUCAACCCUCUUUGUAAACCUAGUGAAGUGUCCUACACCCUUAUUCCGACCAUGGCUUAUUUCGAGUUCCUUCCUGUUCAUCGUAACAAUGGAGUCACAAGUUCAAUCUCGAUGCCAAAAUCACUCAACGAGAAAGAACAACAAGAAUUGGUCGAUCUUUCGGACGUGAAGCUCGGUCAAGAAUACGAGCUUGUGGUUACCACUUACGCUGGUCUUUAUAGGUAUAGAGUUGGUGAUGUGUUGAGAGUUGCAGGAUUCAAGAACAAAUCCCCUCAGUUUAACUUUAUAUGCCGGAAGAACGUGGCGUUGAGCAUUGACUCCGACAAAACCGAUGAAGUCGAACUACACAAAGCAGUUGAAAACGCAGUGACCCAUUUGAUGCCGUUUGACGUGACCUUGACUGAGUACACAAGCUUCGCAGACACAACCACCAUCCCAGGCCAUUACGUCAUCUUCUGGGAACUGAGCGUGAACAACGAGGCGACUCCAGUUCCACCAUCCGUCUUUGAAGACUGCUGUCUCGCCAUUGAAGAGUCGCUCAACAGUGUGUACAGACAGGGGAGGGCUUCGGAUAAAUCCAUCGGACCACUGGAGAUCAAGAUCGUGGAAAAUGGGACGUUUGAUAAGCUGAUGGACUACGCAAUCAGUUUAGGUGCUUCGAUCAACCAGUACAAGACCCCACGGUGUGUCAAGUUUGCACCAAUCAUUGAGCUGUUGAGCUCGAGGGUGGCGUCCAGUUACUUUAGCCCCAAGUGCCCGAAGUGGGUUCCGGGACACAAGCAGUGGGGGAACGUGAGUUAGUGUAGAGAAAUGAAUGUUAGCCAUGAGUCAUGUUACUUUGGUCGUUUGUUGUUGCAUUAGGCAAUGUACAUUAGAAAACAG